GUCACAAAUCUGCCAAAACAAAGAAAUUUCUAGUAAACUUCCUCUUUCUUCUUUCAUCCUUACCAAAAAACCAAAUGAAAAUCUUAGUAAAAUACUAUGUAGUAAUCCUAUAUCUCAUGUCCACUGAGAUGUAGCAGAGUGGAAAAAAUUCCAAGAAAAGAGGUACUACAAUUUGCUUAUUUUCCCCUAAAUAAUAUUCAAGAAUGAUACAACUUUUCAUAGUUUGUUAAAAAUUCCAAUGUAUUGUAUAAUCCUAGAAAAAGGGUCAUCAUCUUCUUGGCUUCUUGUUAUUUUCAAGGUAUUGUUUUGUGUUCCUCUAUUUCUUAGUUUCUGUUUUUUUAAUGGCUAUUUUUGAUAGAAAGAUGUUAGUAGUUACUAUAUUAAAACCAAAUCCAUUAGAAAAACCUCCAAUUUUUUCAGAAAAAGAUACUGUGUGUUUGAAUUGUACACCAGAUGAUUGUCCUGAUGAUUGUGUUGGAUUUGUUCCUAGUGAUGGUCCUUAUUUUCCCCCUCCUCCACCACCUUAUGUAACAAAUGAUAAAUAUCACAUGCCUUUUUAUUUUAUUUUAAUGCUUUGUGUUCUUGGGGCUGUUUUUGUGUUUAUUUGUUACAUGUUUACACUUAAGAGAUAUAGGUCCAAUUCUAGGACAAGGAGAAAUAAUCUUCAACAAAUGAAUGAAAAUAGAGAGGAUUUUAUUGAUGAGAAUCUUGGACCUGUGGUUGAUCAUCCAAUUUGGUAUAUACGCACAAUUGGACUAUCACAAGAAAUAAUUGAUUCAAUUACAGUGUUUAAGUACAAAAAAGAUGAAUCUUUGAUUGAAGGAAGUGAUUGUUCUGUUUGUUUGACUGAAUUUGAGGAAGAUGAGAGUCUUAGGUUAUUACCAAAAUGUAGCCAUGCUUUUCAUAUUCCUUGUAUUGAUACUUGGCUAAGAUCACACAAGAAUUGCCCGUUAUGUCGCGCUCCUAUAGUUUCUAAUAUGGAUAAUGUACCUCAAGCGAGUAAUGUUGUGGAAGUUGUAUCGAUCAUGAAUAUUGGUGGUGAAUCUGGUCCAAAUGAAGUCGAAGCUGAGAAUGGAAGGCAAAGUGAUCAACUCGAGAAUCUUGAAUUGAGUGAAGAAGAAAAUCAUGAAAAUCUUGAUAAUGAAGAGGGGAGAACGAUGGACUUAUCGAUGAAAAUUCCACGUGUUGUUGAUGAAAGGAAGAAAGGGGUUCGUGUUUUUAGCGAUUUGUCUGAGCAUAGAGUCAAAGUGAACGACGAACUGCAGCCAGCACGAAGAUCGGUCUCAAUGGAUUCUUCUACUGCUCAAGUAAUUCAUAAUCUUGCUAUGAAUGAGAUCAAUUUGGGAAAAAUCGAAGGGUGUUCGAGUUCGAAUGAUCAACUUGCAGAAAGGAAUAAAGGGAGUUUAGAUAUUAUGUUAAAAAGAGGAAGCAAAAAUUCAAGUUUGUAUAAAGUAAUGAAGAGUUCUUCCUUUGGGCGUUCACUACAAAAAGUUCCUAUUAGUAUGAAGAGGUCUUUCUCUACUAGUGGAAAGUGUUCUUUGCCAACAACUAGUAGGACUCAAGAUCUAAGACAAACAAUGUAAGAACAUUUCAUUUUGGUUCUUGAAAUUUUCAAGUGGGGUUCAAGAUUUUCCUAUAUGUAUUUGAGCCAUAUGAAAAUAUUAAGUGUAAACAUAAUGUUCCAAAUAAUAAGGAAUUUGGAACAGCUGAAUCCAGCAAAGUGAGACUCUUGAAAUGAAGUUCUUGGAAAUAUUGUUUUUGCUUGUUAUUAUUUAGUGAUUGUAGUAGCUACUAUGUGAAUGGAGCCUUCGCGUAACCGGUGAAGUUGCUGUCAUGUGAUCAGGAGAUCACAGGUUCGAGCCGUGGAAACAGGCUCUUGCAAAAGAUGCAGGGUAAGGCUGCGUACAAUAGACACUUGUGGUCUGGCCCUUCCCAGACCCCGUAUAUAGCGGGAGCUUAGUGCACCGGGUUACUCUUUUUUACUAGCUACUAUGUAUUACAUACUUACUCUUUCUAUUCCUCAAAAAGAAAAAAGAUGUUUGAGUAUAUUAAGUCAAUGUUGUGAUGCAUAAUACAGCAGGAUAUUAUCAA